AUGCGCCGCAUUUGGUUGAUCUUGCAAUGGUGGGUGGUGCGCGGAUCAUGGGACUUUCAUGGCGAGUUGCCUCAUUGGGAAGCGUCAUUUCCUGAUUUCGAUUGUUGGGAAGACUUUGUGACGAAAGACAUCAACAUCGAUUGGAAGAAGUUUCGGCUGGAGGCCGAAGGCGGUAGCUGGGCGUCCUGGCAGCCUCUGGUGCGACGGCUCCUGCCCCGCCUCGACUUUGCUGCGGCUCGCGAAGCGCUGCUUGACCAAAGCCUUCCCCGGUGCUUCCUGGGCCACUUGUUCGCCGCAACCGUUCGCUUCGGCGACUGCACUGAGGGAAGCGCGCAAUGUCCAGCUGCGGAACUCGAGCUGGUUUCCGAGGUCAUCCAAGGGACUUUCCGGUCUGUGGCCUUCUCUUUGGAGCUGCUGCUGGGGACACGGUGGCCCGUACUGGCGGCCCUGGAUGGCUUGAGGAUCCCUGAGUUUCAGGACGACCCGGAACUGAAUUGCGAGGGCUCCCAGGGGACUGUGCUGGACUGGUCGCGUUUGCGGCAAGCCUUUCAGCCCGAAGUGGAUUGGUAUCACGACGCCAAGUACCUGGUCUACAGUCGAAACUUCCAAGCAAACUGGUUGGCAGGCAUGGAGGAAUGCGCCUACGGUUUUGCCAUGGUCUCCCUGUUUAAGCUGGUCAUCUGUGCAGAGACGCAGGCAGAGUGCGUCAGCCAGUACGCAGUGAUCAUCGACAGCCUCUUUCGAGAGCGUGACUGGCGCGAGGUGGCGGGCAAUUCCUGGCAUCUGUUCGGCUUCCUGGACCGCGUGCGCGCCGCCUUGAAGCGCCACGAGUUCCGCCUGGACUUCGCCCCCGCGGAGCUACGAGGACGCCUUCCUCCCCUGGAACUUCUCUUGGCCGGCGAGUCGCCCCCGGAGGAGUUCCAGGGUGCGAAGCUGUCGCCGUCAUUUGUGGGCGUGGUGGCAUCCGUCCUGGCGGGAAUUCCCAAGACUUACAUGACCACCUCGCAGGACUCCGCGGGCCUGGAGGCCCGGCGCUUCCUCUACGUGACCAUGGUGUUCGGUCCACAGUACGUUCCCUACAUUCCACGCUUCGUGUCGCGAGCCGAAGCUUUGGGCAUCUCAAACCUCGUCCUCUUCUGCCUGGACGAGGAGGCGCUGUAUAGAUGCCGCGAGCUGCCUGGGCCAGAGGAGAGGUGCAUCUCCGGCACGCCCUCCAUCCUCAACAAGUUCACGCUGCGGGGUCCCGAGAUCGAGCAUGCUGGUGAGAGACGGCGCUUCGUUCGCGUUUCGUUGCUCGAAGAUCCGGUACUACUUUUCCCAUUCAUACCGCCUAUGGCCAAGCGAGCGUGGCUCUCAUGGCUCUCAUGUCUCUCAUGGCUGGUGGCUUGUAAGGCCCAGGAAAUCGAGGGACUCUGUGGAGGUGCUACAGGUGCUCGGAGCAGGAGCCUGGCGCAGCUUUGGGUCCGCGGAGCUGCGUCAGCUGACUUCGGCCCCUGCGGGGACUCUGCUGGCGCGGCCCUGAGAACGGUGACGCUGCUCGUCCACUGCCGCCAGACGCGAGAGAUCUGCGAGCUCCGGCGCCCUCUGAUCCUCUCCUACGUGCCCUUCUUCAAGGAGGUUCGGUGGCUGCUGUCUUGGCCCAAUUCCACUGAAGAACUGCGUGCAAAGGAACACCUCUGCGAGAAGCAGGGGGAUCCCUACCUCUGCGUCACGAAGGUCGCAGCAGUGGUGGAGGCCGUUGGGGGCUCGUCGGGCAUCCUGUACAUGCACUUUGACGCCGUGCUGGCGCCCUGCUCCUUCGCGCGGCGCUUCGACCCCGGGAAGAUUGGCACCUUCGGCUCCCGGGCCCAGCUUCGCUGGGGCACCUUCGCCUCCCUAGACCGCUGCAACGCGCCCAACGCGUCGCACGUGGGCUGCGCGUGGCAGGCGUGGCAUCUCUGGGACGUGAACCGCGAGCCGUUGGCGGGUGCCCUCUCGGAGAUGCGGCUCGAGCUGCCGCUUCCGGCGCAGCUGUCCCAGGGCUGCUGGCUGGGAUACGAUGACUUCUUCUACCUCCCGCGCGGGGCGUUUCGCACGUACGGGGCCCUGGCGGAGGUCUUCGCGCGCCACAACAUACACCACGAGAUCGCGGGGCCAACUGCCUUGGCCGUGACCCAAAACAUAAGUGGCCUGGAGAUGCAGGACUUCGCUUGCAAGCUUGGGGUUCUGAAGCCUCUCCCACUCGAGGAGGUGACCGCGCCCGACUUCGCGUGCGGCCAUGAGGUGCACUACCAGGAGACGGGCAUGGUGGAGGCUGUAGAUGCCCUGAUCAAGGGCAGCAGAAGCCUGUCUCUCCUCCAAGGACUCAGAGCAACCGAAGACGGAGGAGGAGAAGGGAAAGGAGGCAUGGCUGGCAUGCGCGUGUCUGGCUUGGACUGGGGCAUCUUCGGGGAGCUGCCUGCCCUUUGCGCCUUCCUUCUGGCCGGCGUCGGCUUCGUUUACCUGCGUCCGGAUGUCACAAGCGAUCACAACCGGACCCUGUUCUCCUACUUCGUCUGCACCCUCUAUGUUCUGAUCUCGGUCGUCAUCGACCUGUCCAUGGCUGUUCAGUCUACGCACGCACCGCCGAACGAGAACUACAGCUUCGAGCCCAUGUGCGCAGUGCUUCUGACGGAGCUCCUUAAGCUCGUGAUCUCCACCUGCCUGAUCCUCCACGACCGCGCAAGGCGCGGAACUCCGGUGGCCCAUCUUCCGAGCGCCGGAGAUGUCGCGUGGCUCGCGCUGCCUGCCCUGAUCUUCACCUUGAACAACAUCUUAGUUUGGUGGGCCAUCGGGAACAACGACAUCUCCACCUUUGGGGUCUUCCGGGACAGCAUGAUCCUUUGGACGGCCUUCCUGUGGCGCAUCACCUUCGGACUUCCCCUGGGGAAUGUGCGCCUUCUGGCCAUUCUGGUGAUGGUGCUUGGCCUGGCCCUAAACCAAGUGGAAAACUUGCUCAGGAGCCGCCUCUCCUGGCCCCUUGUGCUCGUGCUGCUGAUGACGGCCUGCAAUGCGUUCGGCUCCGUGCUCAAUGAGUUCGCGCUGAAGCGCAAGGUUGGCAUGGACAUCAACAUCCAGAACGCGGUGCUCUACGCGGCGACGGUGCUGUUCACCGGGGCCAUGAUCAUGAUUUCGGGAAGAGGCGCGCAGCUCAAUCAGUCUGGCUUCUUCCAUGGCUUCACCCGACACACCAUGUUCACCGUGACUAUGCAGGCCCUUGCGGGUCUCACGGUCUCCAGGAUACUCAAAUAUUCGGAUGCUGUGCAAAAGAACAUCGCCGCGUGCCUACGAGGCCCAAUUCUGGUGGUGGUCUCACCAGCUUUUGUCCAGUCCUCUGCAAAUGGGCUCACACUUGUCUCUGCCGCGAUCGUGGCCACGGGCUGCGGCAUCUACUUGAACCAAGGACCUCUCACGCCCAUUUCUACGAAGGCCGGGAGCAACAAUGUGUCCGGUUGA